GCGGAGCCAGAGACUGUGACGCUGCGCCGAGAGCUGGCCCGUGUGGAGGCCGAGGCUGCAGAGUUGCGAGACUCCGAGCUCCCAGAACUGGAGGAUCGUCUGCAGGCGGUUGAGUCCGCCCUGCAGAUAGCUACAGGUGUGGCUGCUGAGGAUGAGGAGCGACGGACCACUGCCCAGGCGAGGCUUCGGGAGGAGCUGGCAUGUGCAGAGGCCGCGAAAGAAUCCGGUGAAAAGCACCAGGAGCAGUUAGCAGCCGAGCUGCAGAGCUCGAAGCUGGAUCUGGCUGAGCUGACGGCUCGUUUGGAAGAAGCUGAACUAGCUCAGAAAGCUGUUUUGGAGGAUGAGGCGCGCAUGGGUCAGACGGAUCAGCUUGAGAGGCAGGACGUGCAGGCUCAGGCACAGUUGGAAGAGCUGCGCGCAGAGCUUUGCAAGGUGGAGGCCGCGAAAGAAUCCGGUGAAAAGCACCAGGAGCAGUUAGCAGCCGAGCUGCAGAGCUCGAAGCUGGAUCUGGCUGAGCUGACGGCUCGUUUGGAAGAAGCUGAACUAGCUCAGAAAGCUGUUUUGGAGGAUGAGGCCCCGAUGUGCAGCGGGCUAGAAGAGGCCCUAGCCCAGGCAGAGGGCACCGCAGCCGAGGCCGCGCAGGAGCUGGCGAGCUCCAAGCGGGAGCUUGUUGAUCUCAGGGAGCGCUUCGAAGACGUGGAGUACGCUCUGCAGAUUGCAAGCGAGGCCGCGGCUGAGGAUGGCGGUGCGGACGGGCCGGUGGGGGUUCGCGAGGCCCGCCGCCUCCGUGAGGAGUGCCUGGCGUUGCAGGCGGAGCUGGCCCAGGCCCAUGCCCAGGCGGCCCAGGCGGCCCAGGCGCAGGAGCAGCCGGAAGGUGCUCCAGGAGUCCGGACGCAUCGGAAAACUGCCGACUUCGGCGAAGGGGGGCCUCUCAAGGAGCUCGAGGGCUUCAACCACGGCGCCGUGGUCAAGAUGGUGUCCAUCGAGGAGGAGCCCGAGGAGGCCACAAAAGACGAUGCCUUCUUCAGCCCUGUCGAGGAUGCCAGUGAAAAGUCGCGUGGGGAAGGCCGAGAACGUGCCGUGUCGUUUGCACCCCCGAUGCGGGUGAAGGUCGAAGAUGCUACGACUGCCGACAGGAAUCCCUUUGAAGACGACUCUGCAUCAGAAGAAACCGCGCGCGGUGAGGAGUCGCCUGUGAUGAUUGCGGGUCACAUCCCCUCCGGAGGUGGCUCCUUCGGUACCCCGAGCGGCAUCAUGCCAGCGUCCAUCACGACGCCUCCAACACAGGACAAGACAGCGCUGCUGCAAGAGCAGCUGAGCAAAGAGGUCUUUGAGUUGCGGCAAGCAUUGCGCUCCGAAGAGGCCGCCUAUGCGGCCGAGCGCGCCAAAGCCGAAGCCAGUGCAUCUGCCGCGGGACAGCAGCCGAACGCCGGAGAGGCGUCGGCAGAGAUUGCGAGGCUGCGCAGCCUCCUGGACGAAGAGAAAGCCCGCAGCCGGGAAAUGGGGGAGGCAGCAAUACGCGCCGAAAAGCUGCGGCGCAAGCUGCUCCUGGAAGUUGCGGAGGACAGCAAGAUCAAUGUCGAGUUUGUGGCAAUUGCGAAGGCGGUUGGCCGCACGGCCAAAGCGAUUGCCAGCAUCUCGCAGGAGGCACCCCACUUGAGCAAGCUUGCCAAGCUGCCCCUCCUGCCUCCGCCGGCGGCUGCGGUCUCUCCUCGAGAGCUCGCGGCUUCUGCAGCGUCAAGGGGGCCUUCGGCGGUGCCUUCGGCGGUGCCCUCGGCGGUGCCCUCGGCGACACCUUCGGUGCGCUCGGAACCCUCGAAGUCGCCGCGGUCGCCACGAUCGCCGCGGUCGCCCAGGCUCCAGCGGCUCCCGGCAUCACCUGCGGUCAUGGCGAAGGCGGCUUCUUCCGUGCCCGAUGUGGAUCUGAGCUGA